CUUUCAAUUGCCGAUAUGCUCUGAGGGCGUUUUCUAAACCUAGCCUUAUUUGCAUUUUUUUUUGUCAUAAUGUCAUCUAUCUAUUAUUAAAACUGUCAACAAUGACAUACAGCUAUUGUUGUUUAUGUAAAUAAAUUUCUUGUCAUUAAACACAAUCAUGGAUAAUCAAAACUUGAAUAAUUUACUUUCAAAAGAAGACAAUCAUUACACUUUGACACAAUUCUUGCACUCCUGUAUUAAUGAAAUAUGUGGCUAUAAAAUACAAAAAUUCGAGCAAUUCUCAAGUAUUGGCUGGAAUGAAGAGGAAUACAAUAACACACGUAAAUCUAUAAACUAUUUAUUCAAACAACCAGCUUGUUUAUAUUUGGAUAUAGCCAAAAUGCCUCAGACAUUUUUUUAUUAUCCCGAAAACGUCCAAGAAUUAAUAAUGACCUGCUUAAAAGUUAGACAAGAUCAACUUUGUAAUGCAUUGAUUGCUGAUAUCUCGCAAAAAAAACAACCAACUGUCAAAGACUUUGAUUGGCGACUUAAAAUGGUAAUGGGCUCUAGUAAAAUUUCUUCCUUGAGAGAAUUCUUACUGCAGCUGGACCUUCACACUAACUACAAGAAUUCCGAGGAUAUCAUUGGCCUUGAAAUGACCAAAGAAGAGCUUGACUUGUUCAUCAAAACCCUGGAAUCAAUUUCAUUAUAAAACACAAUUAAAUAUAUAUUUGUACAUACACUAUUUAAUACACAUAAUGUUAUUAAUAUAUUAAAUAAAUAAAUAAAUUGUUUUUCUUUAUAAAACCCUUAAAUUAAAUACUUAUCUGUUAUAAGUUAUAACUGGUGAUUCAAGGAGUCACCAAGAAGUCAUACAUUGGUCUUGAAAUGACCGAAGAAAAGCUUGACUUGUCCAUCGAAACCCUGCAAUCAACUUCAUUAUAAAACACAAUUAAUUAUACAUUUUUACAUACACUAUUUAAUACACAUAUUGUUAUUAAUAAAUAAACUGUUGUCGUUUUAUAAAACACAUAAAUUAAAUACAUAUCUUUAUAAAAUUAUUACUGGUGAUUCAAGGAGUAUUACAAUUGAGGUUUUUUUUCAUUGUAUAUUUAUUUUAAGUUGUUAAAUUUUCAAAUUGGGAACAGGUAAAUAAAUUCAUUUUAAAAACGUACAUUUGUUUCACAGUUUAUUUUAUAGGAUAUAGAUAAAUGUAGAAUAUUACUAUCAUAACUGCUGAUCCAAGAUACUGAUGACUGGUACACUGAAUGAGCGAGGUAUUUUAAAGUCACCACAAUAUAUUAUUAUAAAAUAACAAAAUAAAAAAAAAAAAUUAAAAAUGUAAUAUAAUCAUCAGUGUUUUAUUAUUUUAAUUGAAAAAUAAUUCACGGGGUUUUUUUUUUUAAUUUAAACUUUUUUUUUUUCAUCAGUAAGUGUUUGGCAAACGAUAAAACACCUCGCAACAUUUUCACAUUAUCAAGAUGGUACACAGAACAAUCAGAUCUAUUAAAAAAAAUUAAAUUUUUAAAUUAAAAAAAAUAUAAUAAUAAUAAAAAUCGUUCAUCUCGUAUUGAAAUAUUAAAUUAUCGAGUAAACGGCCCGCAUUGUUUAUUUAAUUAUUUAUUAUUAUUUAUUUACUUUUUUUUUUCUUUCUCAUUUUAAUUCUUCGUUGUAAUUAUCUUAACGGACAAUUAUUUUAAUUAAACUCCAUACGAUUAAAGUUUUUAUCUUUUUUUUUUUAACUAUACAAUUUUCAAUCUUUUUUUUUUUUACUUUUUUUUUUAAUUUUUUUACUUUUUAGUCGCGAUCUUAACUUUUCAUUUAAAUUAUUCAAUGCUUAUUUAGUUUUUUUUCAUCAGUCAAAUAUCAAUUUCGACUGAAUUUAUUCUUGCCACUAACAAUUAGAUGUAUUUUUUGAAUUUUUUUAAUUUCUA